AUGGAGCUCAAUUCUCUGAGAGCUUUCUCCAUGCUCUCAGGGAUCCAUCCACUUGGUACCACACUUCCAGUGGAACCACAGGAAUGCUGCCACCAGAGAAUUGAGAUCAUCUGCAAAGACCCUUUAAACAAGAAAGUGGUUCUGUUGGUACAGUUCCUGCUGCAGAAGUAUCAAAAGAAAGAGCCAAUUACAAAGACAGACAUGCUGAAGUUUAUGAUCAAAAAGUACAAAUAUCACUUCAAUGAGGUCCUCAGAAGAGCCUCUGAGCACAUGGAGCUGGUCUUUGGUGUUGAUUUGAAGGAAAUGGAUCCCAUCAGUCUUUAAUCUGCCCUUGUCAGCAAACUAGACCUCACCUUUGAUGGAAUGAUGAGUGAGAAAGAGAAUAUGCCCAAGACUGGCCUAAUGAUUUUGCUGAAUGUGAUCUUCAUGAAAAGCAACUGUGCCAAAGAGAAGAUCUGGGAAGUGCUGAAUAUAAUUGGUGUAUAUGCUGAUAGGAAGCACUUCAUCUAUGGGGAGCCCAGGAAGGUCAUAACCGAAGAUUUGGUGUAGCUAAAGUACCUAGAGUACCAGCAGGUGCCCAACAGUGAUCCUCCAAGCUAUGAAUUCCUGUGGGAUCCAAGAGCCCACGCUGAAAUCAGCAAGAUGAGAGUCCUGGAGUUUUUACCCAAGGUCUGUGGUACUGUCCGUAGUGCCUUCCCUUCUUGGUAUGAAGAUGCUUUGAGAAAUGAGGAAGAAAGAGCUCAAGCCAGAGUUUCAGCCAGGGCCCGUGUUAUUGCCAUGGCCAGCGCAUGUUCCAGGGCCAUGUCCAGCAGCUUUACCCAUGCUAAGUGA